UUUUGUAUGUCUUUUCCUAACCAAUUUUUCUUUUGACAAGCAUGGACCCACAUACUCUAAGUAGUACCCCAUGCAUUAAACACUUGUACUGUACCAAGAACUAAGAACCACAAAAACAUCAUCUUGAACUUUAGAACCAUAACCCUUUUUUUUCUUCAACAAUAAUGUCACUACUCUCUUUCACUUCAAUUCCCAAAUGCCCAAGUUCAUCAAGAUAUAGCCAUGGUUCAACACAAUUACCCCUCAAUUUAGUCACCAAAUGUGAGUUAAACACAAAUAGUGGCUCACAAAAGCUUGAAAUUGGGUCACCAAUUAUAGUAAUUGAGUCUCCUAAGUUGCUUAAAACUGCAGCCUCUGUGCCUUGUCUUAGACCCAAUGCUGGCUUGGUCAAACCUGGUGAUGUUGGCAGGAUAGUGUCAAGGAAGCCUAUGGACGUUUGGGCAGUUCGUCUCAGCAUUGGCACUUAUCUUAUUGACAGAAAAUACUUUAAGCCCUUAGAGCUUGAGGAAUGAUCUAAGUCGAGAGAUCGAACCAGAGUUUGAAGUUUGUAGGUUCUGAAUUUGUCAACUCGUUUUAGUUACUUGAUUCAUAAUUAAAUGAAUUUUUUUGAUAUAAUACAAAGUCUAAGCAAAAAUUAUGAUAUU